AUGCUGCUGCCCCACGGCGCCCGGCGAACCUUAGGCCAGAUUCUGCAGCCCACAAUGGACGAUGAGGAUGAGGAGACGUCAGACACUGAAGGUUCAGAAUCCGAGGACCAGGAAUCCAGACCAGAUGCUUGGGAUGUGCUCCAAGUCCGUGCUUUGCUGCAGUGGAGACUCGGAAUGCCUGUGGAAAUUAUUGACCAGAUUAUUGAUACUGCCGAGUACUGGCCUUCGACCACGGUCAAGAUGACCAUUCCACAAGACCGAUCCCACCGGCAUAUCCGCAAGGAUCGAGACCAAGUACUUCUCAAAACUGUACCACUAUGCUUUGAUCGCAAGGUAGGUUUGUGUGGAAAUCUUCCGCCCUCUCCUGUGACGUCAACGAGGGAUGCGCUCACUAACCAUUGGAUCUUUGAUUGCUGCCUCGAAAAGCAACUUGAAGAUGCACCCGAUGCACCACAUCCAUUGCCCUCUCGGUCUUACGUCCAUCCAUGCCGGAAAAUUGUAUUCCAUAUAUCCUCACAUGACCAAGGGCCCGGACGGUGCCACCCGGAUAUGUACGAACAUUCAUGGACCUGGUUCGAUGUGGAAGUCAUUCGAGCGGCCCACACCAAGAAGAUGUAUGCCAACGGUGAGGAGCAAGAGCUUCUGCCGCACGAGUCUGGCGAUGUGGUCACCCCUCGUACCAUCGAAGACCCUCUGCUGUUGCCAGGUCCGGGUAAGCUUCAGAAUAACGGUGCUCGCGUUGCAGAAAGACAAGAUGUGGAAAUUGUCUGGCAUUAUCAAGACAACAUCCCAGCCGACUCGCCUGAGGCUCUGGAGAUGGAGAAGACCAAAGGCCGGGGCCGAGCUACGCUGGACGGACAAUUUGUUCGUGAUCUGCAGGUGGGAGAUUCCAUUGCAAUUUGGGCUCGAGCCCGGUUCCCGGGCUGGUCAAACCAUGUCUAUUAUGCUUCGGCGACUGUGUUCUGGGCGAUUUGA